UGGCAACAAUGAACUUAAUCCUGAAGAUUUAGGAAAUGAAUUGAAUGAGAAAAUAAAUAAAAUUGCCAAGCAUUUUAUGGAUUUUAAACUUGGCACUCUUGAUGAGAAGUCCAUGAAAGAGAAGAAGAUGAAUAAGGUUGACUAUGCAAUGCCCUACCUGCCAACAUACAAGGAGGUUGAGUUUCUUGCAAAAUUGUUCAUGGACAAGGAAACUGAUGCUGAUGAAGAUGCUGUGGAUGAAACCCUGAGGCAUAACUCACACAGCAAAUAUAAUAAAGGAAUAUUUAGUGAAAAGGAGGAACAAAUUAUUAAUGAAAAUUGGAAUCAGUUUCAAAAGGAGUACAAAUUUUAUGACCUGCGCCCCCUGAUAAACUACCGCACCUGUAUUUUGGAAGGCAGUCCUGACUCAUUUUCAAUAAAUCGGGUCUUCUUCACCUCGGUACCUCAACAAAAAAAGUUUCUAAACUACAUAAAAAAAGGAUUAAACCGAAGUUUGGGGCAGGUAAAAUUGCACCUGUCUUCAUUAGUAUCAGGUAAAGACAGCAAUUUUGCAUGGAGUAAACGCAUCCACUUUGGUCAGCAAAACAUCAUAGCAAAAAAAGAGCUGUGCCUUAUUGACCUGUUUCUCAAGCGCUACGGUGUGGACAUUCUGUCAAUGGAGUUCAUCCUAAAUUCUACUCGUGGUAGAGUGCUCUUCGAACACCUUAAGAAUCACUAUCACUUCAAGCUCUGCCCAA